AUGACGAAGGGUAAGGGCGCCGUGCCGGCGGAGGACUUGGUGGACUAUGAGGAGCAAGAAGCCGGCCAGGUCUCCACGCGCACGGUGAUUAAAUCGGCCACGGCCGCAAAAACCGGUCGCGAUGACGGUACUAUGGGCCGCGGCAGUUAUGUCGCCAUUCACGCAAGCGGUUUCCGUGACUUUUUCCUGAAGCCUGAGAUUUUGCGAGCCAUCGGUGACGCCGGUUUCGAGCAUCCGUCGGAGGUCCAGCACGAGACUAUUCCGCACGCCAUCACUGGUGUAGACAUUUUGUGCCAGGCCAAGUCUGGUAUGGGAAAGACAGCCGUGUUUGUUCUGUCGGUUCUGCAGCAGCUAGAUGUGCAAGAAGAUGGAACACUCGCGGGCGGUGUAAAGCGUGACGCUGGAGGUGAGGCCAUUUCUCCGGGUGGUGAUCGUGUUGCCUGCCUCGGAAUCAGCCACACGCGUGAGCUAGCCUACCAAAUCAAGAACGAGUUUGACCGUUUCGCCAAGUACAUGACUGGUGUGCGCUGUGAAGUUGUCUACGGAGGUGUGCCCAUCGCUCGCGAUAUUGCGAUGCUUAAGGACCCCUCCAAGUGCCCUCACAUCCUUGUCGGCACUCCAGGUCGUCUGGUUGCCCUCAUCCGCGGUAAGCAUCUGAGCAUGGAGGGCAUCCGCCACUUCGUGCUCGACGAGUGCGACAAAUGUCUCGAGAAGCUGGAUAUGCGUUCUGAUGUCCAGGCUAUCUUCAUGUCAACCCCUAAAAAGAAGCAGGUUAUGUUCUUCUCCGCCACCAUGAACAACGAGGUACGUGACGUGUGCAAGCGCUUUGUGCAGUCGCCCGUGGAGGUCUUCGUGGACGACGAGUCUAAGCUGACUCUCCACGGCCUGCUCCAGUACUACAUCAAGCUUUCUGAGAGCGACAAGAAUCGCAAGCUGAAUGACCUGCUCGACACUCUGGAAUUCAACCAGGUCAUUAUUUUCGUGAAGUCCAUUUCGAGGGCUCAAACGCUCGACAACCUGCUCAACGAGUGCAACUUCCCGUCUAUCGCCAUACACGCUGGGCUUGAGCAGACCGAGCGCAUUGCUCGCUACACUCAGUUCAAAAACUUCGACAAGCGCAUCAUGGUCUCGACUGACCUGUUCGGUAGGGGCAUCGACGUUGAGCGUGUGAACAUCGUUAUCAACUACGACAUGCCCGACUCCACCGAUUCUUACCUUCACCGCGUGGGACGCGCGGGUAGGUUCGGCACCAAGGGGCUCGCAAUCACCUUUGUUGCGACGCAGGAUGACUCGAAUGCCCUGGCCGACGUGCAAAAGAGAUUCGAGGUCGACAUCCCCGAAAUGCCGGAGUCAAUCGACACCUCUCUUUACUGUAAGUCGGGAUAUUAUCGCCAUCAUGUUGUUUACAGUGAACCAAUAAAAACUGGAUUAUCAAUUAGUUGUCUAUUAAUCUCCGGACGUCUGCGCCCAUUCAAAGAACGUUUGCAACCGGCCAAAUCUGUAGUAUUUGCCGGAGAUUUGUGUACGCUUAUUUUCGCGUCAAAUCCAAGCUGGCUGCCCAGUUUCGGGCUCGGCCUGCAGGAAGUCUGGGAUAAAGCGGUGGUGGUAUAA